AUGUCGUCAAAUCUCCUUUGUGAAUCGGGCCAGAAUAUGCAGAUCCACGCUAUGAAUAGUUCAGAGGGAUCAUUAUAUGAUGCAACUGUUUACAAAGUGAAAAUAUCUGAGCGAUUUUUCCCAUUUGAGGAGGUAAACAAAAAAAUAAAAAAUAAGUGGUCACGCGCGUCUUGUUUAGAGCAAAUCAUAAGCCUUAUUUUGCUUCAAAACCGUCCAGCUGGUUCAACCUGUGACGGAGUCACCUGUACCGGUAACGCGGAUUGCCGGUACGAAGAGACUUGUGAGUCGGGUACGUGCACCUGUCCAGCUGGUUCAACCUGUGACGGAGUCACCUGUACCGUUGACGCGGGUUGCGAGAACGGAAAGACUUGUGAGUCGGGUACGUGCACCUGUCCAGCUGGUUCAACCUGUGACGGAGUCACCUGUACCGGUAACGCGGAUUGCCGGUACGAAGAGACUUGUGAGUCGGGUACGUGCACCUGUCCAGCUGGUUCAACCUGUGACGGAGUCACCUGUACCGUUGACGCGGGUUGCGAGAACGGAAAGACUUGUGAGUCGGGUACGUGCACCUGUCCAGCUGGUUCAACCUGUGACGGAGUCACCUGUACCGGUAACGCGGAUUGCCGGUACGAAGAGACUUGUGAGUCGGGUACGUGCACCUGUCCAGCUGGUUCAACCUGUGACGGAGUCACCUGUACCGUUGACGCGGGUUGCGAGAACGGAAAGACUUGUGAGUCGGGUACGUGCACCUGUCCAGCUGGUUCAACCUGUGACGGAGUCACCUGUACCGGUAACGCGGAUUGCCGGUACGAAGAGACUUGUGAGUCGGGUACGUGCACCUGUCCAGCUGGUUCAACCUGUGACGGAGUCACCUGUACCGUUGACGCGGGUUGCGAGAACGGAAAGACUUGUGAUUCGGGUACGUGCACCUGUCCAGCUGGUUCAACCUGUGACGGAGUCACCUGUACCGGUAACGCGGAUUGCCGGUACGAAGAGACUUGUGAGUCGGGUACGUGCACCUGUCCAGCUGGUUCAACCUGUGACGGAGUCACCUGUACCGUUGACGCGGGUUGCGAGAACGGAAAGACUUGUGAUUCGGGUACGUGCACCUGUCCAGCUGGUUCAACCUGUGACGGAGUCACCUGUACCGAUAACGCGGAUUGCCGGUACGAAAAGACUUGUGAUUCGGGUACAUGCAACUGUCCAGCUGGUUCAACCUGUGACGGAGUCACCUGUACCGAUAACGCGGAUUGCCGGUACGAAGAGACUUGUGAGUCGGGUACAUGCACCUGUCCAGCUGGUUCAACCUGUGACGGAGUCACCUGUACCGUUGACGCGGGUUGCGAGAACGGAAAGAUUUGUGAUUCGGGUACGUGCACCUGUCCAGCUGGUUCAACCUGUGACGGAGUCACCUGUACCGUUGACGCGGAUUGCCGGUACGAAGAGACUUGUGAGUCGGGUACGUGCACCUGUCCAGCUGGUUCAACCUGUGACGGAGUCACCUGUACCGAUAACGCGGAUUGCCGGUACGAAGAGACUUGUGAGUCGGGUACAUGCACCUGUCCAGCUGGUUCAACCUGUGACGGAGGUGACGGAGUGGGAUCAACGACAAUGAUCACUUAUACGUCUAAAUCAGAGAAGAUCGCCAUUUUCUGGAAUUCGAUGGGACCUGUCGAUGUCGCUGUUUUCUAUGGAUACUCCAAGUUUGUCUUUGCAGAAAUUCUUAAGCACCUCGUCGGUAUUUUCUCCUUCCUUUUCAUCAAGGCCGUGAAACACUAG